UCCAAUACAAGAAGGGCCUGCUGUGCUGACGUGAAUAUGGUAUUACAAGUAUUUUGCGCCUCUGCAAGUCCGUAGACAACGAAUCCAGAGAAACUCGGGAUAGGGGUCAGGGGCCUUAGGGCUUGAAACCUUGCAGAAGAAGAAGGAGAAGAAGAUGAUCGAGGUGGUGCUGAACGACAGGCUGGGAAAGAAGGUUCGGGUGAAAUGCAACGAGGACGACACCAUAGGCGACCUGAAGAAGCUGGUGGCGGCCCAGACGGGGACCCGAGCCGAUAAGAUCCGAAUCCAAAAGUGGUACAACAUUUACAAGGAUCACAUCACUCUCAAGGAUUACGAAAUCCACGACGGCAUGGGCCUCGAACUCUACUACAACUGAAACUCAUCAAUUCAAUUCUUCCUACCUACCUACGUCGUCGUUUCUUUUCUUUGCUUAAGGGCUUCGGUGGCAAUUAAUUAAUUAACUAAUUAUGUCAUUGCCUGCAUGUUAAUUGUUAAUUGUCAAUUGUUGGGUAAUUAAUUUGAUGGCUAAUUGUUGUUGGGCAGCAAUCAGAUAUUGCUUGUUCUGUUUUGUCAUUGCAGAUUGUGGGUUGUGUUUUUCAUUUUUUG